CGCCGCACAGUCGCUCUUGUUACGUCAUCACCGCGUGACGGUUUACAGCUAGCAUGGCACACCGCUUCAGUUGUGUUUGUAGGCAAUUUUCGGCAGUUUUCUUGUAACUCAAGGGAGGAUGAGCAUGGAUGUGACUUUCCUCGGGACCGGCUCGGCUUACCCGUCCCCUCAACGCGGCGCCUCGGCUCUGGUGCUGCGGACGGAAGGGGAGUGUUGGCUGUUUGACUGCGGGGAAGGAACGCAGACCCAACUGAUGAAGAGCCACCUCAGAGCCGGUCGAAUCACCAAGGUUUUCAUCUCACAUCUGCAUGGAGAUCACCUCUUUGGUCUGCCUGGUCUCCUUUGCACAUUGAGCCUCAACACCAACCCAGACCCUCAGCAGAGUCCUAACUGUGUGGACGUCUAUGGGCCCCGGGGCCUCCGUCGCUUCCUAAGGGUGACACUUGGCCUCACAGGCUCGCAGCUGCUCUUUCCUUAUGCAGUACAUGAGCUGGAGCCCACAGCUGACCAGAGUCCAGAGGAGGGACAGCUCAGCAUGGAGAUGACAGCAGAGUGCGGUGCUCUGCACCCACAGGAGCAGCAGGGCAGGACCAUCUCCCUGGACGUGUCCAGUGACUCUUACCUCCUCUUUGAAGACAAGAAGUUUGUUGUCAAGGCCUUCAGGUUGUUUCACCGCAUCCCCUCAUUUGGUUUUUGCAUUGAGGAACAUGAUCGACCAGGAAGACUGAAGACUGAACUCCUCAAGGAACUAGGCCUGAAACCAGGGCCGCUUUACGGGCGGCUCAAAGCUGGAGAGCCUGUAACUCUGGAGGGCGGGCGUGUCGUUGAGCCUAGUGAGGUGCUGGAAGAACCCGUUGCUGGGAGGAAAGUGUGCAUUUUAGGGGACUGUAGCUCAGUUCUCGGGGAAGGACCUCUGGCACUGUGCAGUGGAGCAGACAUUCUGAUUCAUGAGGCCACCCUUGGGAACGAGCACCAAGACAAAGCAGUGGACCACGGACACAGUACGCCUGGAAUGGCGGCGGCGGUGGCUCUGGCUUGCUGUGCGCGCAGGCUGGUGUUGUACCACUUCAGCCAGAGGUACAAACCGUGCUCCCUGCAGAAGGAAGGGGAUGAGGAUGAUGUCUCAGAGCUCAAGAGACAGGCUGAAGAAGCUCUACAGGACAGCGGCAUAGAGGUAAUUCUAGCUGAGGACUUUUUGACUUUGCCCAUUCCUCUCAGAAGAUGAAAGUAAGGAACUACUGAUUUAGUUUUUAUAUUGCCUGUGGUAGCUCUGAUUUUAAAAAAGCAGAGCAGCUCUGCCUGUCUGCUGUUAGUUUACUCCAGUUGGCAGUUAACUUCUUAGCCAUUACAAGCAUUAUUUAUCAUUCUGUGAUUUGAAAAUUCCAGUGGUUAAAAGUUGAAAAGUAAGUCAUGGAGUUUAUCAAUAUCCUUAAGUUACAUGUGUGCAGUAAAUUUGCAAAACAGUCUCAGCUCAAAGUCAACUGGCUGACUAGUUUAGCUUCUUUUGCAUCAAAAGUUUUCAAAGAGCGCUUUUCUGACUUCUCUAUUAUGGCUUUUUAAUUGAACUCAACAGUUCACUCUUGACUUUGGAAACAGCAGCUGACAAAACAGUUUCAGCUCAAGGUCCACUUAACGUGUUCAUACUUGCUUGUUCAAUCCAAUUUAUCUUGUAGAAAUUCCGUUUCAUUUUGUUUUUUUUCAGUUUGUAAUGUCAACAUCUAACUUAACAAAAACCACAAUCUCUGCGAAUGAAUCGGUAAAUUUACAGUUUCUGUACGAUGAUAAUGAACAUGCCAUCAUCUCCGAACCUUUUCCAGAGCUUUAUUUCUGGAUCUGUACACAAGGUAUUAAAGUACAACAGAAAAUACAAAAUAAUGUUUAACAAAAGAGGAAAAAAAAAACAACUCAAUGUUUCUGUACAAUUCUUAUAAACAAUAAAGAUAGCUUCUUGAACAUUUCUCAUAGUGAAGUUUUGAUUGUCUCUAUUUCUGGAUAUACAUUUUUAAGUUUUGUAGGUUUUUAUUCACAAAGGUGUUUCUGUUUUCAUCAAAGGACUUGAGAGUUUUCUUUUUCAAAACCACAACUGCUAUAAUUUUUUUUUCCUUUUUAAACUUCAAAACACAAUACAAAAUAUAAAAUUAAUUUGUUUAGUGCUUGCUUGCACACACAAGUCUCAUACCAGAGAUAUCAAUAAAAUAUCACAUUUUCGAGAGUUCACAGGGUGGUGAAAAACCUACUUCUACGACUGAAUGGCCUUUACAUUCUGACAGUUUUUCUGAGUCUUUGUACAAACCACAGGUGAAAUAAAUAUCACUGCACUGCUAAAGCUAGAAGAGCUUGGAGGACCUACUGCAUUAUGCACGUUGCAUUAAAAGAGAAACUAGCUCUCCACAUACUCAGAGCAGCAGCCAUCCCUUUACCAUCAAAGACAAAUAUAGACGACAACAUGUAAAAAGUUUUUUUUUUCGAGGAAAGAAAAAUGAGUGUCUUUUACACAUGGCUGCAACUUCUGUAUGCAAAUUUGCAACACUGAGUAAUAUCAAUACGUCUUCAGGUAAAGCCGUUUUAAGUGGUACACUUGAGAAAUGGACACAGCUGGCAUGCGUGGUUUCAGCUGGGUCGUGGGGGGUUUGGGUAUCAUGACUUUCCAAAGAGGGGGAAAAAAACAAACAAACAAAAAAAAAAAACAAAUUCAAACACCAAGUCAACCAGUAAAAUGCAAAACCCAAAAUAUCUGUACAUUAUCUACAAAUUAUUGCCUUUUGACAAGGAAUCAAAUUAAAACCUUUGUAUUGACACAGAUUCACAAGUGUAAGAGGUCAGUUAAUAGACUUUUAAAGGCUAUUUGCUAAUUAUUUACAUGAAACACAUAAGUAAACAUCUUCUAUGAUGUUGGGCUUGAAAACUGAAUUACUUGAUCAAACUUAAGUAUGGUUUAUAGUCAUGAAUCCUGUCUAUACACACAUAAUGGUGAAUUACAAGUCUACGGACAAGACAAACAUGGUGUUCCCCUGAAACAAACUAAUUAUUCAUAGCACAAUGCAUAGAUAAAUUAAGUAAACACUACUACUGCAUCCAAUCAACUGACGAUGACCCGCUAAACAUUUUACAAUUCACAAUUAUGGACUUCAGUCAACAGAAAAUGGCUCCAUUUCUGCCACUAGACUCCCAGGAAAUAAUCGACCAGAUUAUACAAGGCCUUCUCUCAUCAUAACAGGUCAGGCAGGUUAAAUACAAAUACAGAGUGGCUUUAAAUAAAGACAUAAUACUGCUAGCAGGUUUACCCAAGCUUGCUAAGUGGUCUGAAAGUGGCAUUGCUUAUUUCUAAUGGGGGUAUGAAUUUAGGAGCAUAUUUUAACAUAUUUUUUUCACUACAACUAAAGAAAAAGUAUAGCUUAGCUUGCCUAAAAGAAGCAUGAGUGAAAGCUUUAGUUCCAAAGAUUAAACAAAAAUAUCAAAUGUAAAAGCAUAAUCAAUAAAUACAAGAAUUACGAUGCCUGAUGAUGUUUAAAUGAGUAUUAAACCGAUCAAUAUCUUUGCAUUGCAAUAUUGCUUUGAUGGUUUUCUUGUUUGACUGUCUUUCCCUCCUGGAAAGAAGCAAGAUUUUUUUUUUAAAAAAAAUUCCAAUAUCCACCUGUAAAAUAAGGUGACUCCUAUUAUGUUACUCUGUAAGGUAUUCUUUGUCACCGGUACAGGAAAACCUAUG